AGCCUCAUCGUCACUCACUCUGAAUUUGUUCGGCUUCUCUCCCCCUUUCUUCUUCCUUAGAAUCCUUCCGCGUCUCUCCUUCUCCGUCUCCAUGGAAUUUGAAGUGAGGUAUGUCGUCGGAAUACAGGACUGCUUUGUAUCGCUCCCUCUUUUCCUAAUCCAAACGCUUCAGUCCACGAGUUCUGCUCUCCUUCCUCCACUUCUCCCUCUCGAGCUUCGUUCACGCACCCACGACCAGCCCUGGGUCGUCGCUUGGUCAGGUGCUACCUCUUCUUCCACGGCUGUUGAGGUUUCUCAACAAUUUGGAGAAUGCAUGUCCUUACCAAAUCAUACCACCGUUCAAGUACGAGUACUGUCUGGUGUCCCAAAGGCUACGCUAGUCACAAUUGAACCUCGUACCGAAGAUGAUUGGGAAGUUUUAGAGCUUAACUCUGAACUUGCAGAGGCAGCUAUACUGAAGCAGAUCAGGAUUGUCCAUGAGGGAAUGCAAUUUCCUUUGUGGUUGCAAGGCCGUACUAUCAUAACAUUCCUUGUGGUUUCAACUUCUCCCAAGAAAGCGGUGGUUCAACUUGUUCCUGGAACUGAAGUUGCAGUUGCUCCAAAGAGACGCAAGACAAAUAUAAAUAAACUUGAAGAUAGUACUGUCCAACCUUUUAAUGUUAAGGCUCUUCUACGUAUUGAAGAUUCAGAUAGAAGAUUGUUUCACAAAUGCAAUGUCAAAGGUAUUGAGAUGGGUGUUGCCCUCACGUCUGUUGCCUUUGUUCAUCAAGAAACAGCAGAAAAAUUUGGAUUGAAGUCUCUCCUGUCAGUUGCAUUGGUGCCAAGAUUUGCAUCACAAGAGAGCAUAAAGAUUCGUGAAAAUGAUACCACAAGAAUGAAAGGCAGUUUAUCCCCAAAGGAAGUGAAAAAUGGAGUUUUAACUAACAAGAAAGAAAGUCGCCAUGUGAUUGUUCGCCUUUUAAUUUCAGAUUUGGUGUCUAAGGGACAUGUGAUGAUUGCUCAGUCUAUUCGGCUUUAUUUGAGAGCAGACCUACAUUCAUGGGUUUAUUUAAAAGAAUGUAAUGUUGAUUCGAAGAAUGCAAUUGAAGUACUUUCAAUUUCUCCUUGUCAAUUUAAGAUACUUGCGAAGGAGAAGGCUCUUGAAAGUGGUCUUCAAGUGCUUGAUGGUCAUAAAAAUCGUAAGACAACAGACACAUUCCAAAAAUCUGCCUCCCGUGGCUAUAUGGAAGUGAUGAAUUGGUCAACCCAUGAUGAAGUUAUUGCUGCCCUUUCAUGUAAAUCUCCUUGUCAAGAGGGAGAAGAGAAUGGUUGUGACUCUGACAAUGGAUAUGGCUUAGAAUGUCUUUUUCGUACAUGGUUUGCUGCACAGCUUGAUGCUGUUAGCUUGAAUGCAGGAAAUGAAGUUAAUACAUUGGUUUUGGGAAAUGAAACUCUGCUUCACUUUGAAGUGAAAGGAUACAAUUCUGAAACUAAUGGAUUGAUAAGUGGAUCAUCUAAUGGUUCUUCAAAUGAUAUACAUAAGACUGCAGAUAGGCAGGUGGAAAUUUUAUAUAUAUUGAUCAUUUCUGAAAAAUCUCUACAUGGUGGAAGGAUUAAGGCAUUUGAGUUUUCCCUUGAUGAUGUAAGCAAGAAGAAUGAUGCUCUUGGAGGUUUGGAGUUUAUUGGAAAGCUGAACUUGGGUGAUCCGUUGUCCUUAUAUUCUGUCAAAGACAGAAACUCUAUCAAAGGGUUUACCACAGAUGUGUCUUCAUUGAACUGGAUGAGAAUGCCUGCAUCUGAUGUUUUCAAUAGAAUAUUGGUGCUGUUAUCACCUGCUUCUGGAAUGUGGUUCAGUUCUUACAAACUUCCUCUCCCUGGACAUGUUCUAAUAUAUGGACCAGCUGGUUCUGGAAAAACAUUAUUGUCAAAGGCAGUUGCAAAAUCUCUUCAAGAACAUGGAGACAUCUUAGCACACAUAAUAUUUAUAAAUUGCUCAGAACUUGCUGCAGAGAAGGGCCCAACCAUUCGUCAUGCACUUUCUAACUUUGUAUCUGAAGCUUUAGAUCAUUCACCUUCAGUUGUCAUUCUUGAUGAUCUUGAUAGCAUUAUUUCAACUUCAUCUGACUCAGAAGGAUCUCAACCUUCUAAUCCAGAUGUUUCACUUGUAAAAUUCCUUACUGACGUUAUGGAUGAAUAUGGGGAAAAGAGGAAGAGCUCUUGUGGAGUUGGUCCUAUAGCCUUUGUAGCUUGUGUGCAGUCUCUAGGCAGUAUACCACAGUCAUUGAGCUCAUCAGGAAGGUUUGACUUUCAUGUCCAGCUUCCUGCUCCAGCUGCCUCAGAACGUGGGGCUAUAUUGAAGCAUGAAAUUCAGAGACGUUCAUUGCAGUGCCCUGAUGAUGUUUUGCUAGAUGUGGCAUCCAAAUGUGAUGGCUAUGAUGCUUACGAUCUGGAAAUACUGGUUGACAGAGCUGUUCAUGCUGCCGUUGGCCGAUAUCUACCGUCUGAUUCUAUUGCUAAAGGGAACAUGAAACCCACUUUAGUUAGGGAUGAUUUCUCCCAAGCAAUGCAUGACUUUCUCCCAGUUGCCAUGCGAGGUAUUUCUAAAGCUGCUGCUGACGGUAGUCACUCUGGUUGGGAUGACAUUGGUGGUCUGAAUGACAUUCGUAAUGCUAUUAAAGAGAUGAUUGAGUUGCCUUCAAAGUUCCCUAAUAUCUUUGGAAAAGCUCCUUUAAGAUUGCGCUCAAAUGUUCUCUUAUAUGGUCCUCCUGGCUGUGGCAAGACUCAUAUUGUUGGUGCUGCUGCUGCUGCUUGUUCGCUAAGAUUCAUAUCAGUGAAAGGGCCUGAGCUCUUGAACAAAUACAUUGGUGCUUCUGAGCAGGCUGUCCGGGAUAUAUUUUCAAAGGCAGCUGCUGCAGCACCAUGUCUCCUCUUUUUUGAUGAAUUUGAUUCUAUUGCGCCAAAAAGAGGGCAUGAUAAUACUGGAGUAACUGAUCGAGUCGUUAAUCAAUUCCUGACUGAGUUAGAUGGUGUUGAAGUUUUGACUGGUGUAUUUGUGUUUGCCGCCACAAGUAGACCAGAUCUUCUUGAUGCUGCGUUGUUGAGACCAGGAAGGCUGGAUCGGCUUCUCUUUUGUGAUUUCCCAUCACGACUUGAAAGGCUGGAUAUUCUUACAGUUCUCUCUAGGAAGUUACCGUUGGCCAAUGAUGUUGAUUUAGACACCAUAGCAAAUAUGACAGAAGGAUUCAGUGGAGCUGAUCUCCAGGCUCUCCUCUCAGAUGCACAGCUUGCUGCAGUCCAUGAACAUUUGAACGAUGAAAAUAGAAAUGAGCCUGGCAAACUGCCAUUGAUUACUGAUGCUCUAUUGAAGUCAACUGCUUCCAAGGCAAGACCAUCAGUUUCAGACUCCGAGAAACAGAGACUCUACAGCAUCUACAGUCAGUUUUUGGAUUCAAAGAGAUCUGUUGCUGCACAGUCAAGGGAUUCCAAAGGCAAGAGGGCAACCCUGGCGUGAUCCAGAGUAACUGAAUUUUAGUACAAUGCAGGAGCUACUCUAUUCUUUUUAAAAGUUCAUAUAGGUUAUUUAUUCUAGGAAAGUAGAUGAGUAAAAAUAAGAAUAAAAUCUUCAUAUACAUAACAAGAAUUUCAUAUGGAGUUUAAUUGAGAGCAUCAUUCAGCUGGAAAGGUUGUUCGCCACAAUUGUUCUACACAGUGGUGCUCUCUUCUGCAAUUCAUUUGCAGUAACACAUAGAUGCUAUUGAAAACUUACGUACAAAAUUUUUUUCCCUUUUCUUUCAACUUCUAUCUCUUGGUCAAACCUGGUUGGCUUGUAAGCAGUUGAGCCAGGACGUAUGAAAUUGGUCAGAAGUGGAAGAGAGAACGAUUCAUAUAUGCCAUGUUGCUUCACUUUCAGCGUUGGUGUUAUGGCUAGAAUUUCCACAGGCAUGAAAAUACAACCAAAGUUUCACGAGUGCACUACACAGGUGUCAAGUUUUAAGGAAGAGUGGAUUCUGAUUAAUGCAUGUGACAUUAUAUCUAGCAAAAAGACAUUAGAUAUUUGGCGGCCUUUUUAAUGGCUACACGAUACACGGGUCUCUUUUCAAUAUUGCCAGAAGAAUAAAGUGUUUCGCUAUUU